AUGGCUGUAGUUUAUUAUAAAAUAAAUCGAGCACUCGUCAAACAAAAUAAACACAUGAAAAGCGUGCGUUCAUAUCCGGUGAGUCGAAAUGUUCCUGCUUCUUCCUCCAGUGUCCUGAGAUAUAUCAGAAAUCGACGAACAUUUCUUGUUUGUCUUGUUACCGUUAUAUGUUAUGGAAUUGCAAAUAUUCCUAUGUCUGUUGCCCUUAUGUUGGAAGUCGCUGAAGAACGUCAUUUAAUAAUGGAAUAUGUUGCUAAUGUUCUGAGAGUUGCUGGUUCGCAUUCAGUAAAUCCAGUAAUAUAUGGAAUAUUGGACAAAAAGUUGCUCACAUUUUGGAAACUUUGUCCUAGGAAGAAACGUACGUAUUUGUAUAAACCACAGGAAAAUCAGGCAUUUGUUGUAGACAAUCGGACAAUCGAGACAACGUUCAUCGAUUGUUAG